AUGGUUCCGGCACCAGCUGCUGCAGCACCUGCUCAGUCAGCCAGAGGUAGGGAUCAAGAAGCCAGAGGUAGGGGCCAGACUGUUAGAGGUGAAGGGCAGGCCGUUAGAUGUGGAGACCGGCCAGUUAGAGGACGUCCCAAGGACGUAGUUAAGGGUGGUGGGGCCCAGCCCCACUNAGAGGUUGGAAGAGAGUCUCUUGGAUGUAAACCAUACUUGGCUGGUUAUAGCACCUCUUCUUCUCCAUUACUCAAAGAUGGUUCUGUACAUAAAAAUAGCCUCCAUGGUGGAAAGCGUAGCUCAGUCCUGUUAUCUGAUAGUCACCAAAAUACUGUAGUUUCCUCUUACACCUCAGGUUUGGAUAAUGUGAAAUAUAAGAGGAGCCGGUCUGUGCACGACAAUCAUGGUUUGCAAGUCUUGAAUGACUCUGUAGAUAGGUUGUCUCAUCGUUGUUCGUCUUCGCGGAACAUAGAUGCCCUUGAUGAUCAGAAGCUUUUGGAUAGUAGCCAAGAAUAUUCUUCUUCUAAAUCCACCUCUUUGCAGCAGAAGUCUUCGGCAUUUCCUAGUUCUGAAGCUGAACUUUCGCGGGUUGAUUUAUCACGGGACGCACGGCGAUCAUCUGAUUAUAAAACUAAGGUUUCUUCUGACAAUUGGGAGCCAUCUGUUCCUUUUCGACCAUCAUUCUUUCUUAGUCAAAUCAUUGGAUGUCCUGAAAGUCUAUAUGAUCCUCUUCGUGAUAGUAUUGAGCAAAGUAAUGUAGGAGAUGGGCCCUCAAAGUUCUCUUCCUCUGGAAAAGGAGGGCCUGUAUUCACCAAAUGUACGCAGGAAAAUGAUGAUCCAGUUUCACCAGGAACCUUGGGUCCAGAACAGAGCUCCAAUAAACAUCCAAUUUCUGGUCAUGUCUACCAUAGGGAUAUAUUGCCUGACAACUUGUCUGAGAAAGAAUUGUCUAAUAAUGAAGCAGAUACAGCAGAUACGGCAGUUGCUCAUCAGGAACACAUAAAUACCUCUUCAAAAGCAGAUAAACUAAAUUUAUCUACUGAACUACAACGCACCAGGCUCCGGAAAAAGACAAAAUCAGAAUUUGAGAGGCUCGAACAUGGAAAUGAAAUUGAUAUUGACUGGAAAACAGAUAGAUCUGUCAACAAAGAGUCGAGAGUUUUGAAGCAUUUUCAUGCUGCUCUUGUGGAAUUUGUUAAAGAACUACUAAAGCCAACUUGGAGUGAGGGUCUCAUGAGUAAGGAUGCUUACAAGAUAAUAGUCAAGAAGACAGUUGAUAAAGUUGUCAACUCUUUGCAUCCCCAUCAGGUUCCUGGUACGGCUGAAUCAAUCAGACAGUAUCUUUCUGUAUCUCAGCCAAAACUUGCUAAGCUCAUUGAGGCGUACGUGGAUAAAUAUGGAAAAUCUUGAAAAUAUCAAAUGAGCUUUGCUCAGAAUAAGGGGUACGUGGAUAUAUAUGGAAAAUCUUGAAAUUAUUAAAUGAGUUCUGCUCAGCAUAUUGCCAACAAUAGCGAAUUGGUGAAACACAUUUUUGUGAGCCUAAUUUGCUACUUCUAGGGGUUUUAGAAUGAGGACUUGGAAAACAUUAAUUUUUUGUAUGGAUUUUGUCUUUUUAGGUAGGAACCUUUCUGCUACCUUUAUGGGCUGAAGAAUUUUUCCCUUGUGUUUACUGAGUUAUAGUUUCAGCAGAAUUUGCAAAUAUGUGCACUUGUGUCCUUAAGCGAAGUCCGCUAUCGUAAUAAGUGCUCAUUGGGCUUAUAGCAAUGGCAGUUUCUAAAUAGGGUCUUGCUGGUUCAGGUUGUUAGAGGAUUUUGUAUUAGUUUAGAAUGUUAAAAUUGUUAAGGUAUUGAGCUAGAUAUUGUCCCACGUUGGACAAAUAUGAUAAUGUAUGUGUUAGGCACCUCUAAUUAGGUGGUGUUAUAUAUUGAUCAAAUUAAUAUCCUCUCCUCUUA